UCCGCAUUCCUCUUCAUUGAAGAAGCAAACGAUGUCUGCUACAACAAUUGGACCAUUUGGAGGGCCUGAUGGCAAACCUUGGGAUGAUGGGUCCGGACAUACUGGAGUUCGAGGUAUCAAACUUACAUACAAGGGAGCAGUCGGGUCUUUUCGUGCUGUGUACGACUUGAACGGCAAUCCUGAUCUAGGGCCCGGACAUCCAAGUGGUGACUUCAGUUACCGUCCAGGAGAUGCUUACUUUAACUUCCGAGAGGGGGAGAGGAUUACUGGAGUAAGUGGGCACGUUGGUGUUGUGCCUUAUGACCCUACAACGACUCCUGUAGUACGGUCGAUCAAAUUUACGACCAACGAGAAUAUCUAUGGACCAUAUGGAGUUGAAGAAGGCACACCUUUCAAUGCCCAAAUCCCAGAUGGUGCCUUUAUUUCUGGAUUUGAAGGAAGAAGCAACGGUUAUUACCUGAAUUCGAUUGGAUUUCACCAAAGAACACCUUAA